GUACAUCCGUACCAGUGGCCGACGUGCUUAUCUAUCACCUGGCCACCGCCCCCGCAUCAUUCCUCGGUCAGUCACAGAAGCAAGCGCUCCAAGAACCGCUGGCGCAUAUUAUUGUCUUUACGGAUACAGGUCAGCAGAACCUACCAAUCGUCAAUGGUCAUGGAAAAGGAACCCCAAUUUGCGGGGGCCAGGGCCACGCCACCACGACGGCGCAAUACGCCAAUCGCCAAAGCAGCCGCCCUUCUUGGCUUCGUUGGACUAGCUGGUCUCGCUCACCGCACCGUGGACUUGAAGCAUAUAUGGUGCAAUGGCCCAGGCCCGCCUGGCCACGACCAUCUACCACUUUCACAGCCUCUGCAAUGCUCCCCGUACGGCCAGUUUCCGCGUCCAAACGACCCCUUCCAUUUCAUCCCGUGCACCAACGCUUCUCUACCCCCGGCACUCGACGACUCCAGCGCAGACAAGACCUGGAGCGGGCUCUUCGAUCCCAAUCCGGAGCAUUGGAGCUGGGGACGGAACGUUGCAGACAAGGAUGCAUCGGAUAAUGAUGACCUGUACUCGGGCCGCGGCAUCUAUCUAUGCGGCUACCUCGACGUGCCCCUAGACUAUACCAACGAGUCCGACAGCCGAAUUGUGCGCCUGGCCGUGACCAAAUUCCAAGUCUCCGGCCUCGAACCCAACCCGGAGGAAGCAGGGGAGAAGAAGAGCGAGCGCACCAUCGUGAUUGAGCCGGGCGGCCCCGGCGGCAGCGGCACGUCGUAUGUCUGGAGAGCCGCAGAGAACGUGACGGAACGCCUGAGCAACGGCACCUUCGACGUGCUAGGAUGGGAUCCGCGCGGCGUGAACAUCUCGCUGCCUUCCAUCUCCUGCUUCCCCUACGACGCCGACCGGGACCGCUGGGCCCUGCUCACGGCCCGGUACCGCGAGGUGUCGCCGUCUCCCGCCGCGCACCUCGAGCUCGCCGACGCCAUGAACAACGCGACCUUCCGGGCCUGCCGCGAGAGGCACGGCGACCUUGCGCGGUUCGUCAGCACCGCGUUUGUGGCCCGCGACAUGGAGGAGAUCCGGACGGCGCUGGGGGAGGAGGAGCUCACGGGGUAUCUAGUCAGCUACGGCACGGGCAUCGGUCAGACCUACGCCAGCAUGUUCCCCGGCAGUGUGGGGCGGCUUAUCCUGGACGGGACUGAGUACGUUCGCGACCACCGGCUCCUGGGUGGAUUCGGCUGGACGGCAUUGGAUAAUGCUACAGACGCCUGGCGUGACGGGUUUCUGGGCGAGUGCCUCAACGCCGGGCCGGCACACUGUGCGUUGGCCAGGUCGAAAGACGGAAAACCCGUCAGCCUGGAGGAUCUGGAGGAUCGCAUGGCGUCGCUGACCAACUCGCUUGUCGUCCGACCGAUCCCCGGCUAUACCGAAUCCAGCGGCCCCUCUCUAGUGACAUACUCGGCACUGGUGGCGGCCAUGUACUCCUCGAUGUAUAAUGCCAGAAGCUGGCCAGCCCUCGCACAGAUGCUCUACGAGCUGGAAGACGGCAACUCCACCCUCGCCGCGGCGUUCUUGGAGGGCCAAAUCUGGGCAUACAAUCCUUCCCUGCCGGCCUCGCCGUCCCCCAAGCCGCCCAGCUCCCACGAGCUCGGCUCGCUGGUGAUCUGCGCGGACUCGUACGACGCGCCGCAGCCGGCGGACGGCCUCGUGUGGUGGGACUCCCUCUGGGCCAACAUGACGGCGCGGUCGUGGAUCUCGGGCAACUCGCGAUUCUACGACGUGCUUCCCUGCCGGCACUUCGACACGUACUGGGCCGCCCCCGCCGAGGUGUACCGCGGCGACCUAGACAAGACGCUCCGCCACCCCGUGCUGCUGAUCGCCGAGACGUACGACCCGGCCACGCCGCUGCGCAACGGCCGCCGCCUGGCCGCGGAGAUGGGACCCAACGCGAGACUGAUCGCGCACCACGGGUACGGGCACUCGUCCCGGGACGAGUCGGACUGCACCGAUGAGAUUGCGAGGCGGUUUAUUCUCCAUGGCGAGCUGCCCGAUGAGCCCGAAAUUGCGUGCUAUGCCAACGAGAAGCCGUACCGAUAUGGCGUGGGCGCAAAUGAGACGACCAUUUUUGGGGCGGAGGAGUGGGAUCCCGUCAAGGCGUGGCAGGAGCAUAUCCAGGAGGUGAUGAUGUGGAACCCAAGGCUGUUGUUGCCAAGGCUGUAGAUACAGUCCCUUAUGUUUACCUAGCAUGCGUCGCUGCGUCGAUAACGAUAUUCUGUAUUGGCUUAAUUAUGGUCUACCUGGACUAAUAAUUGAUGCCGGGUUCGCAUAUUUUAUGGUUAAGGCCUAAAAAGUUGUUAAGUUAGAGUCUAACGCAUCCGUCGGGUAAGGCCUCUUGGCAUCCUUAGCUUCCUCACUGUCUCACCUGACAGGUAAUUAACAGGGAAACCCGCCGCCGCUAAUGCCCUCCACGGACGCCGUUGACGAUGCCAAGGACCCGGCUUACUAUUCAGCCCUUUGCGCAAUGCUAGCGGAACGAGACAGAUAUAUAUCGUUGCUGUAAGUUUUGGCGACAGCGACGACAAUGAUAACGCUUCUUUCUUUGGC